AUGACUGACCAACCAGAAAUUCAUAAUCAGGAAGUUGAAUUAAAAACAAUUUAUAAGGAACAAGCAGUUCAGAUUUUAUCAACCGAUUCAGACUCGAAUACUUUUGUGUUAAAUAGGGAGGCUUUGCACACGAUUGUGGAGAGGAUUCCUCCUGAUAUUCCGGUGUCUGUUGUCUCUGUCGUGGGUGCAUUCCGUAGUGGCAAAUCCUUUCUUCUUGAUUUCUUUCUUCGCUAUUUGCGUGCUACGAAUUCUGGCGAGAUUCACGGCCGUACGCAAAUUGGCAGCAUUCCUGAGUGGAUGCACUACGGAGGGUCAAUUCUGGAGGGCAGCAUGUCUGCAAAGGACGAAGACGAGCCCUACGACGGUUUCUCUUACAAAGGCGGCAGCGAUCGCAACACGGAGGGCAUCUGGCUCUGGAGCGAGCCGUUCGUAAUUUCAUCUUCUGCCGUUCCCGAAGGCCGCGUCUGCGUUCUCCUCAUGGACACUCAAGGCAUGUUCGACUGCCUGACCGGGCAGAUGCUGACCACGAGCAUCUUCGGCAUGAGCACUCUGCUUUCCUCCUAUCAAAUCUACAACGUCGAGAAGCGACUUCAAGAAGACCACCUCCAGAACCUCGCUCUCUUCUCAGAGUACAGUCGCGUUGUUUUCAACGGAGAUUCCUCUCCCGCCCUCGCACAACGCCUCUCUCCCCACGGAUUCGACUCUCCACGCCAGCCCACGACGCCGGGCUCGCCGGUGCCCUCGUUUCUAGAGGCGAUCGACCGCUCGGAAUCGGAGAAAUCGCUGCGGAAGCGCGAAGCGCCGUUCCAGCAGCUCGACUUUUUGGUUCGCGACUGGCAGAAUUUCCGCGACGAGGAGAGCGUGGAGGCGUGUUUGGAGGAGAUGGAGGCGUACAAGACGCAGCUGUUCGCGCCGCGCGGCACGGCGGAUCUGCGGGAGACGCGGGAGCAAAUCGAGUUUUGUUAUCAGAACGUGGACGUGUUCUGUCUGCCGCAUCCCGGCACGCCGGUCACGCGGAUGAACUUCUCGGGGAAUAUCCGCGAGGUGGAGCCCUCCUUCCUCUCGCUGCUGGGGCUGUACAUCGAGCACAUCUUCGCCACGCGGCUGCAGCCGAAGAUCAUCAACCACGCGCCGCUGUAUGCCGCGGAUUUCGAGGAAUAUGCGAUCGCGUACGGAGAACUCUUCGCGGAGGGGUCGCUCUUCCCGCAGGCACUCACCAUUCUCGGCGCCACGGCGAAGGUGAAUAGCAGCAACGCCAUGCGCGGCGCGGUGGAGCUCUACAAAGCGCUGAUGCGAGUGAAAGUCAACGCCGAAUACGGCUUCCUGAGGAAGGAGGCGUUCGAGCAGCUGCACAAGGACGCGCUGGGACAGGCGGUGGAGAUGUAUGAGAAGAGAGCGACGAUUGGGAGGAAGGAGAUCGUGGAUGAGUAUCGACGGAUGAUGAUGAACGCGAUCGAUGUGGCCAGAGAGGGAUUAUGGGACGAAAACAUGACUCGUGACCCGCUGGCGCUGGUUUCGGCGUAUAUUGUACCUUGCGUUAUCGUAGUGAUCGCCUAUGCGUUCAAAGUACUCAUCUCCUCUAUUUGUGGACCCUGGUCUUCCACAUGUCGUACUACUAGUGAUUUCUUUGGUUCGUUCAUUGCGUUCGUGAUCAUCUCGAUCGUCCUGAGCAAUUGGCGGAACUUCGGCUACUUCUAUAGUGUGCUUUUAGGGGUAUUCCAAACACUGAACAAGAGCACCUCCAAGAAGGAAGACUAAAAGCAGGGA